AUGCGCUUCCAGACUAAGGGUCGACAGGAGCAGUCAAAUGCUGCGACUCUGCGAGUUACGUUUAAUGGCGGUGCUUCUCGACUGCGGUCUCCAUAUCUAUUACGCAUCAUGGAUAGGACACCGGUGAAGAUGCACGUUUACUCAAAUGUGACGAAAUGGGAACGAGUCAGAAUUCAGCACGUGACGGCGUCAGCUCCGAACAAAAUCUGGCUGACAACCGUCACGUUCAAUAUUGACCGCGGAAUCCAACGACCGAGUGUGGCGGAUAGAAUGGGGGUCGUCGCAGAUUGGUUAGCUUGGUCCGGUCUACACAUCAAUGGUAUCUUUGAUACGGUCAACUGGCUUUCCCAAAAUUUAACCAAGCCUGAGGAAGGCAUCGGAUCGAGCGUAGCGUCUCGAAUUGUGGUCAGAGCAGGCAUUGGAUCCGAAAGGGUCUCGUCCGCGGGUCCAAGAUGGCCUGGCGAACUCAAUUCUCUCUUUGGAAAGGCCACUCCAUAUUCGGCGGAUUAUUUCCGCCAACUGACAAGCUCAAUGAUGCAGCCACAGACAAAGGAUGAAAUUCUUUUUCGGAAUCACAUAGCUAUCCACUCUUUCGAUGCUGGAUCUCCCACAACGAGGCCAUCCAAGUUUCUAUUGUCGAAUAUAUCAUAUAUUUGCUACCUCCCCAAUAGAAAGAAUAAUAUCGAAUCAAAAAAGAAGAACGACUUGCGUCUCUUCGUGUCGAGUGAGGAUUACUUUACGGCCAACUUAUGUUUUUUAAAUGCACCAGCACAGACGGGCAUUGAAGGUGUUGUCUCGCGUUAUGAUGAUCUUAUCGCCGUCCGUGCCCAGCAAAGCAACUUGGAGGGUGGCACUGAUCUUUGGCAUGUGACUGGACAAUUUUUGGCUAGACGCUUGUGCAAUGAAUGCGGGUACACCGGACGUAUACCCUACUGGAAUGAAGCCCCUGACACCGGUGCAUUCAACGAAUUCGCCCUUGUAUGGGAAUUCGGAGGUGAAGGUUCCAAGGAAAACAAGUACGCCGUUGUCGAUGGUCCCUUUGCAAAUAUAACCCUUCACCUUGGUUCGGGGGAAAUUGACACACCUCAUCUACUGACAUGGGAAUGCGAUUGGUGGAACUCAACUUGGGGUUUCAAAACCUGCUUUUUGCAACCAUUCAUCGCGGUGGCCGUAAUACCGUCGAAGAUGAACAACAUACGCACAGCGCCUAAUGACCCACUUUUUUGGCUGCACCAUUCAUAUACAGGCUACGCGACUAUGGUGGAAAUGGCAAGGAACAACGAAACAAGAAUCUAUGAUCUCCUAGGGGCGGGCCAUGAAACUCAAGCGGAGCCUAAGACCGGGAAAACGGUACUAAACCUGCUUGGCGUCCUACCUAAUGGGACCGUCGAGCAAGUCCUGGAUAUUCAAGGCGAUUACCUUUGCUACAUUUAUGCCUGA